AUGCUGGCCUAUGCGGCGAAAGCUGUGCUGGGAGAAAAGCGCUUCGAGGCGUCGGAAGCGGCCGUUGAAUGGACGGGUGCCCGUGACGGUAGUGGUCGUGCGUUCUGGUACAACGGGGUAACACACGAAGCCACGCUGGAAGACCCGAGCAAAGACGGGAGCUACGCCUCGCCGUCAUCGUUGUCGUUGCCGUCGCAGCUGCAGCAGCGGCAAUCCGCGUCGCCCGUGGCGGUGACCCCGUUCCGGAGCGGAUGCAGGACGCCGGGCGACGGGUGCGUGACGCCGGCGGAAUGCGGCCGCGUGACGCCCCCAUUCUACGGCUGCACGGCGCCGCCGGCCGCCGAAGACUACCCCAUCAGCGGCUACGCGUCGCCGCCCUACAACGGCUACGUGUCGCCCCCGGUCAUGACGCCGCCCCACGUGCGCGGGUACUUCUCUCCCGGCACCGGCGGCGUGUCACCGCCGUAUGGGCACCGGCGCGACCAGCAGCAGCAGCAGCCGCCGCCGCCGCUGCCGGAUCAGAACGCCUACCCGGUGGAGAACCAGUCCCCGUGCUUCGCCGCGGGGCAAGCGUGGGAAUCAGUGCCACACCAGCCGCGUCGCGCUCGGCGGCAGAGGCGGAGUGACGCCUCCGUUCCGCCUUCCGCGGCCACUGCGGGCGGCGGCGGCCGCGGCGGCGGCGGCUACCGUUGGGACGAGUGCUACAAGGAAACCGACGGGAAGAAGUUCUGGCGCCACAAAGAGACGGGCGUCAUCAUCACAGAAGACCCCUAUCACUAA